UGCAUUCGCUCGUCUUGACUGACUACCUAUCUACCUGUUCGCUGUCAUCGCUGCGAUCCUUCAGCAAUUCCUUUUGUCGAUUAUCUCUCGCUGUUCAAUAAGGUGCAAACCCGUAGAAGAGAUGGUGGAAGUGCUCUUGGAUCGAAUCGAUGGUCAGGAGGUAACUAUCGUUGAGUCGGAUUGCAUACCAGACUCGCCAACAGAGAAUUCACCGGUCAAUGAGAAGCUAUCGCCGAUCCAAGAAUUUUACAAUGGUCAAAGUAUUUUCAUCACCGGCGGCACCGGUUUCAUGGGUAAGCUGCUCAUCGAAAAGCUCCUCAGAACGUGUCCUGGAGUGACAUCAAUUUACUUACUAGUACGUCCGAAGAAAGGCAAAGACGUACACCAACGUACCGAAGAGAUCUUUGAUGACACAGUAUUUUCAAAACUUAGAGACGAACAGCCCAAGUUCCGACAUCAGAUCGUUGCUAUAGCGGGAGACUGCAGUCAACUGAAUCUCGGAAUAUCUGCGCAAGAUCGGGCCACUCUUAUCCGGGAAGUUUCGAUUGUUUUCCAUGUCGCAGCUACGGUUAGAUUUGACGAGAAAUUGAAAUUAGCAGUGCCCAUUAACGUCAGAAGUACAAGAGACGUUGUAAAUCUCUGCAAGGAGAUCACAAAUUUGAAGUCUUUUAUACACGUAUCAACUGCGUAUGCAAAUUGUCCACAAAGUGUAAUCGAAGAAAAGUUUUAUGAUCCGCCAAUAGAUUCCGAUAAAUUAAUUGCAUUGAUUGAAUGCGUCGAAGAUAAAUUGGCAGAAGAUAUCACUCCGCAAUUAUUAGGAAAAUGGCCUAAUACCUAUACUUUUACGAAAGCAGUUGCCGAGAAUGUGAUCAGGAAGCAAGUUGGUGAUCUGCCGGUCGGCAUUUUUCGUCCUGCUAUUGUGAUCUCAACAUAUCAGGAACCGACACGAGGUUGGAUCGACAAUUUAUACGGUCCAACAGGAGUUGCUGCCGGUGCUGGAACUGGAUUGCUGCGAUCGAUCCAUUGUGAUGGCUCGAUACACGCAAACGUAGUACCUGCCGAUUUAGCAGUCAAUGCUUUAAUUGCAUGUGCAUGGGAUGUAGCGAAUGAUCAAAGAAUAAACAAUAAAUCGCGUAGUGACGCCCCAAUUUAUAAUUAUGUGUCUACGGACAAUCCGAUAACUUAUGAUGAUCUAAAAGACAUGUCAUCAAAACAUGGUCUCGAAAUUCCCUCGACUAGGGCGGUUUGGUACUACAGUUUCAGAAAUAAUAAGCACAGGAUAAUCCAUCUUUUUUUCGUAUAUUUUCUGCACCUACUUCCAGCUUUACUGGUUGAUACCGCAACUAUCUGCAUAGGAAGACAACCGAGGUUACUUAAGGUUUAUAAGAAGAUACACAAAUUUAUGGAUGUGCUGAACUAUUUUGCCACGCAAGAAUGGAAAUUUACCAAUGAUCGAUUACACGCAUUGAUAGGGAAGCUCACAUUCAAAGACCGUGAAAAAUUCUAUUGCGAUAUACGAGAUGUCGAUUGGAAUGUUUAUUUUGAAACUUAUAUUCUCGGAAUAAGGGUGUAUCUCAUUAAGGAUCCCAUAGAUACCUUGCCGCAGGCACUCGUCAAAUGGCAAAGAUUAUAUUGGAGUCAUCAAGUACUGAAACUCAUACUGGCUUACAUCGCCAUGAGGCUCUUCUGGACGGCUAUAACUAUGCUCUUUGAUUUUUUUUAUCCAAAAGUGUGACAGAAAUGGUAGAAAUAAGACCGCAAAAAUCCAAGACAUACAUCUUGGAGAUGCAGGAUCGAAUGGUGGAGGGUGAUAUCUUGUGUUUUUAAGGAAAAGGCGUGACUGGACUCUCAGAGAAGCGUGAAACUUUCGUCAGAAAGGUAUGGAAGAACUAGCAGAGAGGCAGGCGUAAGCCUAUAUACAAAACAGACUAAAUAUUGCGAAACGAAAAUGUAAUGUAUGAGUGAUAUGUGAUAGGGAGAGAACAACAGCAAUUUGAUCGUAUUCUCCAAUGAUCUUCAAUGAUCUUCACACAGAUAAAAAUAAAACGUUAUCUUAUGUUCAAAGGCUUGGUAGAUAUUAUCUGAGAGAAGAGUUUAAUUUUCGAUACUAAUGACAACUAUAUCGUCUAACAUUGAAUGCCCAUUAUACUAAUGACGGUUAUAAUGUUGAACGCUCGCCGCGUUGCAUUAAUAACGACUUUUAGCUUAACAAUUUUUUAUUACUUUUUUGUUAUUACUAUGGCUAAGGUCCAUUUGAUGUUUCAAAGCAUUCGUAGCGCCAAGUGGCACCUUAUAAAACAUGUUAAAGUAUUAUUCUUUUCCAUAUUCAAUACUUUACAUUACACAAAAUUUAAUUGUUAUGUUCCUUCUUCGAAGUGACGUUCGUAUCAUAGUUGUCCCAUACAAUGAUAGUGUACUCGAGAUUCGACUGUCCGUGCAGCGGAGACAUAUCUAGUGACGAAAAAUAAAGCUGUAUCGAAAAGGUUAACUUAGCCGGCGCGCAGUGCUUGUUUCACAAGAUGCAUUAUAUUUAAUUUUCAAUAUUAUAAGA